AUGGCCAUGAAGAUGCUGUACCGUGGACCGAGCACACGAUUGGAGACGUUAAUUGAGAAAAUUCAGCAAAACACGAACCUUGGUGUUGGUGAGCUCUAUUCGCCGCACACCUCGUCCAGCUUCUCGCCCUCGAUGUCGGACGGUAUGGCGACACCGAACUCGCUGACGAACGAAACCCAGGACGGCAUCAGCGGUGCUGGUACGCUGCUGGAUGUUGCCGGUGAAAAGCCGUCCGCCUUCCGUCCCGGUAGCACACCGCACUCGCACUCACAUCACCACCACCAUCAUCACCAUCUGCAUCAUCAUGGACGCCACCUGCACUAUCGGCGAUCCGUGGCCGGCAAGGAAGGCAAACACACGAACAGCAACAGCAAAAACGCGGACGGCACCUAUCACUGUCAGUUCUGCGACAAGACGUUCCCGCGACUCGGAUACCUCAAGAAGCAUGAACAGAGCCACACGGAGCACAUGCCUUUCAAGUGUGACUACUGUGCGCGGUUGUUCAAACACAAACGGUCCCGUGAUCGCCACACGAAGCUACAUACGGGCGACCGACGCUAUCGCUGUCUGCACUGUGAGGCCGCCUUUUCGCGCAGUGAUCAUCUGAAGAUCCACAUGAAGACGCACGACAACCAGAAACCGUUCCAGUGUACGAUCUGCAACCGGGGCUACAACACAGCGGCCGCCCUUACGAGUCACAUGCAGAACCACAAAAAGCAGCUGGCACUCACCGGUAGCCCUAAUCUCACCUACAGUCCCCGAUCGACAACAAGUUCCCUCUCGAGUGGUGGUGGUGGUGGUGGUGGGGGAAAGCGUGGCUCCAAGUUCUCGCCCUACGCCCCCAGCAACUCAAACUCCGAUCCCCUGUUGCUGAUGGCGGGGGGCGCUGGUGGUGGUCGAUCGAGUGCGAAGCACAGCGCCGCCAAGGGUUCGAGCGCCAACGGCAACUCCAUUAACCGCACACCGACACCAGCAGCCGGAGCAGAAGGAGAUAGAGGAGGAAAUGGGGGAAGAGGAAGCAUACCAGCAGGUGGCAAUCCGUCGGAACAUCUUUCCUGUCUCUACUGCACCCGCACCGACUUUGGUUCGCUCGAGCAGCUCGGAAUGCACGUCCAAACGAUGCACGGUGGACCGCUCGGUCUGCUGGGUACCGGUGAUCCAUUCUUUGGCGUUUCAUCGCAUCUACCGCGUACUUCGUCCGGGGGACGCCGUGCGCUAACCCCUGACGGAUCACCGGCAGCACUCACCUCAAGCUAUCCGCCCAUCGUGUGCGAAUUCUGUACGAUGAAGUUCCCGACGGUGCCGUUAAUGUUUGCUCACCUAAAGGCCACCCAUUUGGAUCGAUUGACGACGACGGCGGCGGCGAGUUCGGUCGGUUGUCAUCGGUUGUCACCGAACGGUGGCCGAGGUUCACCGAUGGGACGCCUCUCCUCCGGUUACCAGCAAACGCUGGAGCAGCUACACUUCAACAAGAGUCUACUUAGCAGCACGUUUUCCUCCUUCUACGGUGCUAACCUUGGUGGGUCGACGCCACGUACCCCCUCCUCGGAUUCGGCUGUUAAGGAAGAACGGAGGUCCACCGGUGCUAGGGAUCAGAAUGACGAGCGAGAGCAGGAUGCAGAUGAAGAUGAGGACGAUGAGGAGGAGGAGGAAGACGAUACCGGAGAUGCUGAACCGGAUACGAAGCGACGGCGACAGGACGAGAUUCCGGCACAUCGCUCACCGAUCACCGGCGAGCACGAUGACGCCAAUCAUGCCGAAACGGAUCGCGAAGAGGAUCAGCAAGAGAAACCGGAUGAGGAAGGCCAAGACAGGCCUGCAAAUGAUCCAGCGAUUGGUCGUAUCAAGCGGGAACGCAAGGACACGGACCGCACGACACCCUCCAUCAGCCAUUCAUCGUCAGCCCGAUCUUCGCCCUGUGAAUCGCACCGUUCCGGUCCAGGAUCACCACCACGUGCUCCGACGGCCGACAGUCUCCGAGGGAACGCGGCCACCGAACAGCUCACUCCUACCGAUCUCAGCCAGCCGAAAAUGAAGCGCCUCAAGCUGGAAGCAGAAACCGAAGAACCGGAAGCGGCAAACUGCACGCGUAAACACGAUCGACCUCCAUCGAACCAUCAGGAACACCGACGUCCACGGGGUGGCGGCAACAGCAAGCGAGACGGUGAAACCAGGCCGGAACAGUCCGGAUCACUGCUGGCAGCACACUAUCAGCAUCAGCAGCAGCAGCAGCAGCAACAACAACAACACCAUAUUGGUUCGGGUUCUGGUGGUGGAACGUGCUCUGAACAGCGACCGCACCACCUACCACCACCGGCACCAUCGCAGUCGCUACCACCACCCGGAGCAUACCUCUGCAAUCAGUGUAAUGCCGCCCUGCCCGACUUUGAAUCGUUCCGUACGCACCUGAAAGCACAUCUCGAGCAGAGUGCCAGCGUGGCGGCGAUGUCGAGUGGUCUGUCGAGUGGUUCUGGCGCAGGGACCACCCUGCUCGGCGCCACGGCCGCCGCCGGCACAGCGGCUGUUCUCUCCACGUUCCUCUGCCAACAGUGUGGGGCCACGAUGGGUAGUCAGGCCGAGUACGAGCAGCACACGAUCGGCCAUUACCUGGUGACGGCGGUCGAAUAUCGGUGUCCAUCGGUUGUAGGAGGAGGAAUGGGAACCGGUGGUAGUGGUGGUGUUGGUGCUAGUUGUAAGACGGGAAGCUUCGCAAAGGCAGACGAGCUGCAUAAGCACCUGUACGAGUCGCAUCUGCAGCUACUGUACAAGUGUACCGUGUGCGGGGAGACGUUUGAGUCGAAGGUGCAGGUACAAGUCCACUUUGCCGUCAGCCAUUCAGUCGAGAUGAAGCUGUUCCGCUGUUCGGCCUGCAACGAAACAUUCCGCACGGAGCGUGACUUCCGCCAACACAUCCGCAGCCGUCAUCUAGCAGCCGGUGCGGUGCAAUGCAUGUUCUGUCGCGUCGUUUGCUCAUCUGAGCUCGAAAUGCACUUCCAUCUUGCUUCGCACGCGAGAAAAUACAAAUGCCCGGCAUGUCCUGAAUCGUUCCACGUAGAGUUCCUGCUCGAUCGGCAUCUGCAGACACACCACAGCCAGAAGGAGCUAGCCUCACCGAACCGCAGAGGAGGCGAUGGAGGGACCUCCUCGAACGGACCAUCGAGUAUCGUCCUAUCCGGAACAAAUGGAAUUCCUCCCGUGUCAUCCUGCAGCACUGCGACGAGUGCAGCGUCAUCGGGUUCCGCCACAACAACGACCGCGGCUGGACUGGAGUAUCUCCAACUGCACGGUCAAAUGGCUGCGAUGGCGGCAGCUGCAGCGGCCGCCGCUGCUACUGGUAGCUGGCCAAGCCUCUACCAGACGGCCAACAAGUUCUACGGCAAUCCGGGGCUACAAGUGGAUACGCUGGGUCAGAUAAAACAUCCACAGCAUGGCCUACUGCACGGGUUCUAUGAUUCGAUGCUCGUAAAGGUGCCUCAGCAGCAACAGCAGCAUCGAGGAGGGUUUCUAUCAGACGCAUCUAGUGCUCCUGGAUCCACUUCUACCAGCGGCGCCAACAAGAAAAAUCCAUUUCUCGCUCUAUCACCAAGCGCCGGAGCGUGUAAGCCAAGCGGUAACCCACUGCUAGGGCUUGGAUUCGGUUCGACCAACCCGUCCCAGCGAGCACCCGGGGGAAGUGUACUGAAUGGAUUGUACUCUCCUGAGAGCAUCACAAAUAAUGCGCCUGUUAGCGCUUCCAAUCCUGUUACCACGCCCGGAAGCACCAAGCUGUACUCCCCGAUCACAAUGAUCAACCAGCGGCCAUAUGGUGACAAUGGAGUGGUCUCUGGUACCACUACCGCUCCUGGCAGUAGUCGAGUGGACUCCGAAUCACCGGUCGCAGGCAGUCAGAUGGUCAGUUUUCCUAUACUAUCGGACCACCAGGAAAGCUCUGGUGGUUUAAAGCUGUCUACUAGCAGUGGUAGUGCGGGAAAAGGGCUUAGUAACACCUCCAUCACUACAGGCAACAGUAGUACUACCGGUGCCAACUCCUGCUACAGUUGUGGCAUCUGCGAGCGAACCGAUUUCAGCACGGAAAGUGAGGUUCAAACGCACCGCAAAAUCGUCCAUAACCUCAAAACGGGCGUCAGUUUACGCUGCGCGUACUGUAACGGUGACUUCCGGUCGAGAAAUGAGCUCGAGAAUCACAUGAAGAUCGCUCACAACACGGGCGGCGGUAAGCACAAGUGUUUGAUUUGCGACGAGAUCUUCCCCUCGCCGGCCGUAUUGGCCGAGCACAAGCUGGCACACUGCAAGGUCGGUGCUUCGGGACGCUGUUCACACUGCAGCCUGCCGCUGCCCGAUGUGCACACGUUCAAGCAACACCUUCCGGUACACCAAACACCAGACCGAUUCCCACAGCAAUGCAUCUGCUGCCGCCAAACACUGAAUUCCGAGUUUGAGAUCAGCCUGCAUGCAAAAUUCCACACUAAGUCAGCCGAUACGAACGAGCGUACCUGUGCCCUAUGCUUGGAACCGUUACCAUCGCAACCGGAUGCCUCGACCAAGAUCUGUGACGCGUGCUUGAAGCGGCACAAUUUCCCGACGAAACUCCUGUCUAUGAACUUUCUCAAACCAACCGGCCAAUCGCCAGGUGUUUCAGCUGCUGGUCCAACAUCGACCUCUUCCGGUACCGCCGAACCUCGGCCGUACAACUCUUCCUCAUCAUCUCACGCCGGCAAUCACUCCAGUGGUGAACUGUUGCUGAUGCAGCCCGGUACAGUGAUGAACCGGUUGGUAGGCGAUGUUUCUUGCUCAACGAAUACCGAGCAACCAAUGGCCGCAGGAGCAGUCGGUACCACAACAACAACCACAUCACCAGCACCACCGCUUCAGUGCAAUCUGUGCAAGAAGGUGCUUACAAGCGCCCUGAAACUGCAGGAACACCUGAUCGAUCACACGUUCGCGGGGUGCGAGGAGCGCGGUUACGUGUGCUACCUCUGUUCAGCCGUCUUCACCUCAUCGGCCGGACUACAAGCGCACCUACCGGUGGCACACUCGAACGCAACCGCCAAACCGUACGACUGUGAGCGAUGCGGUGUGGCAUACUUCUUCCGGGCCGAGCUCGAACACCAUCUGAUCGAGCACGAGGAUCGCGAACGUACGGGGUUACUGUAUCGGGGUGAGUGGCCAGAGCAGCGCCAUGGAGAGGAACUGGGCCAUCAUUCUACCAUCAAACAGGAACAGGACGGAGACCGGGAUGAGGAAGAGGACCACCACCAGCAACAGCAGCAGCAGCUAAAACAGAACAGCCCCGAAGUUGGCGUGAGGCUUUGUCAGGAGCAAAGGGAGCUGGAAGACGAAGAGCAGCAGCAAGUUGAAGGCAAUGAGAUGCCAGGUAGAGAAGCCAAUGAUAGGGAUGAUAAGCGAGUAGAGGAGCCGGUUGAUCCCGAGGAAUCCGAACCCGAUGAUGAAGAGAUUGACGACGACGAUGACGACGAGGAAAUCCAGAAGGAAGAGGAGGAAGAGUAUAUCGAGGUGGAGCAUACGGUUCUGGAGGAUGGGCAUCACGGAAAAGAAUGUUCUGGGAUCGGUUCCCGCCGAUCACCGAUCGUUACCUCCGUUGCCGUUACAGCAGCAGAGUAGAGCAGCGUAAGUCAGACGUAGCAGUCCUUGCAGCUUAAGGUGAGGAAAUGUUAGAACUCAAAAGCUGAGCCAGUAGUAAAUUAUGAAAUAGAAUUAGAAAGUCCUCCCUCAUCUCUGCCUCGUUCAGUGCACCUCUCCUAUCGCUACCCAGAAGACAAGCUAGCAGCAGUAGAGACCUUCGAGAGUCAUUAGCCGUAGGUCGCAAAAAUGCCUCUACACUCUUUAUUAAUUGAAAGCUAGAUCGCCGUCGUAGGGUGGUGGUCGGAC